AACUGAAGCGCCGCCAGGGGGGUCGGCGCCGAUCCAAGAUAUCUGCACGGACCUACGACACUCUUUACAGACGUGGAUUCCUUUGAAAGGUCCGCGAGGCCCUGGCCGGACUGUACGAGAGGCAGAGCGCGAUGAUGGCACUCGGUCUGAGCCCUGGCGGCAGGGACGAUCCACUGGAGGCCUCCGUGCUCUUGAAGCAGGGCUUCGAGUUCUCGUGGACGGCGUCGCGCUCCAGGUUGGACCCCAGCACGGUCAUGAUGGACCCCGAGAUGCGCCCUGUUCUGAGGGCGAAGGCCGACUUCGUCACCCGUGAGGACUUCCUGGAGCAGAUCUCCUCCGUGCUGCCAGACUUCCUCUCGCAGAGGAGCCCGCGGCCGCCCGCCCCGCGGGCGAAGUGGAAAAGCAUCUGCACCGCGGACCCCGCUAACGUGGGGGAGAUGGAGCAGCAGCUGGCCCGGCUGGUCGAACAGGCCCUGUGGGCCAUGGCCUCCGACCCAGCCUUCGGCGUGGAGGAGCAGCCGCCGCCCGUGGCGGAGCCCACCGAGGUGAACCUGGAGCCCUGGAUGGAGGAGCACGACGCCAGGGUCCGGACAGCCGCCGGCAAGCGGAGGGGGCGCAAGGCCCGGGCCCCGCCGCCGCCGCUGGAGCUCGUGAAGGAGGAGGGCCGCGCGGAGCCCGUGGUGCUCGCCUCCCACUACUGGGGCGUGGAGUCCCGCGAGGAGGCACGCGACGCCGGGGGCCAGGAGGAGGGCCGCCACCCGCAGGCCCACGAGGGGGAGGCCCAGGGGCCGGCGGCCGCUGCGGCCGCAGGUGCGGCCGGCCUGGCCGCCGCCGCCGCCGCCGCAGGGCCGCCCGCUCGGCCGGAGGGCGAGGGCGAGCCGGCCGCGGGGAGGCCGCCCACGCCGCGAGGAGGCGCCGAGGAGGCGGAGGCGGAGGAGGGCGGCGACGAGAGCGUCGUCUUCGGGAGCUUCGGGGCCGAGGCAGCCGAGGGCGAGGAGGGCGGGGCCAGGCGGCGCACGCCCUCGCAGGGCGAGGAGGGCCCGAGCAGGGCGUCCGCGGGGGCGCAGCUGUCGGAGGCGCCCUCCCCGGCUGCGAGGCCGAUGCUGGGCGCUGGCUGGCAGCCGAACCAGGUGGUGCAGUACGUCUGGGGCCAGCUGGCGCAGGCGCCCCACAGGAGGGAGCUGCUGCCGCUCCACGGCGGCCCGAGCGAGAGCAGCACGGCGGGGGCCACGUCGAGCGCAGGGACGCCGCAGGGGCGCGGCCUGUGGGUGCCGUCCGCCUCGGCGACCCCCACGCUGGACAGCGACGGGCGGCUCGGCAGGGCGUGCUUCCGGGCCUUUGUGCGCAACACCUUCAUCUCGGCAGCGCGACGAGAGCACCGCGCCCGGGUCGCGGACGUCGAGGUCGCUGAGCCCCUCGCUCUUGCGGCGGGAGCCGCGCGGGGCCCCCGAGGUGCUCGAGGCGCCCGCCGGCGCGGGCGAGGACGCGGGGGCAGAUCGAGGCGGCUCCACGCCUGGUCGCUGUGA